AUGGAUUUGGAAAGUGUCAAUAAAAUUUUAGAUGAUAACACGCCGUUCAUUUCUGAUAAAACAAGCGAGCUAAUUAUCAAGGAACUGAAAAAUGAUAUGAGACAUAUGAUGAUAUCUAUUAUUGCGAGAAAAUCUGAGGCGCUCGAGGAAAUUGAGAAAUGAAGUUUGUGCUCGUUUUGUCGAUUAACGCAAGAUCAAAAAUUUAUGAAGCUAAAAGAGUAUAUUGAACAAGGAGGAAGUUUUAAUGGUAAUUAUAACUAA